CUUGGCCCAAAAUUUGAUUUCAAAACAAAUGGGCUUAUGAGUUAUGACGACUCGACUCAACUCAACAGAUGGAAGAAGAACAACUCCCAUUCACAGCAACACCAACACCCACCGACGCCGGCGAAACACGCCGGAAAAUAUGCUCCGGUGGCUGCGAGCGUCCAGUGAACGUCUGCCUGUGCGAUAAAAUACCACAAAACCCAAUUUCAACCAACACCCAAAUAGUAAUCCUACAACAUCCUCACGAACAACGCCAAAGAUUAGCAACAGUUCCCGUUCUCACAAAAUGCCUCCAAAAUUGCGAAAUCAUUGUUGGUCGGAAACUUCGGGAAGGUUCCUCAAAAACCCUUGAUUCUCUCUACCAUGGAAUCAAUGAUUUAGCUCAAUUUGACCCUAUUCGUCGCGCAGUCUUUCUCUUUCCAGGCACGGAUUUGAUGCCUUCGAUAGAAAUAAAUGAGUGGAGAUCAUCAUGGAAUAGUGUGUGCACAAAUGGGAUUGUUCUAAUUGUUUUUGACGGUACUUGGAAACAUGCUAAAGAGAUGAUGUUUGCGAGUCUCCCAUUUAUAUCGAAAUUUGCUACUCGUGUAUGUUUUGAUUGUGAUUUUGAGGUUGGUGGUGGGACCAUAUAUGAUUCAGAUCUCAUUCUGAAGAAGGAACCUUUUAAAGGGUGUAUGAGUACCAUGGAAGCUGUUGCUCGAGCUUUGAGAGUUCUUGAGCCAUCUGGGGUAGAAAUAGAAGCAAACCUGGUUGAGGUUUUGAAGUCGAUGGUUAGUCUACAGGCUUGCUACUUAAAGCCUGUGAAACCACGGCAAAAGUGUUAGAGAAGGGUGUGGUGCAGAAAAACAAUAUAGAAGCAACAGAUUGAAGCAUGGUGAGAGGUUAGAUAACAAAGAGGUUCUUAAGUGCGAGUGGCAAAACCUUGUGUCUCGGUCAUUGCAGGAAAUGUGUUUCAUUUACUUGAAGGACAACCCUGAAAGAUAUCAUUGUCGCAAUUCAGAAUAGUAAUACUGAUUAGAGAUCCAAUUUUUUCUCACGUGGAAUGCAAGUCACAUAGUCUUCAGAACGUAGAGAAGCUAGAAAUUGUUGAUACAACUACCAUAGCACCUUUCUUUUCGUGCUAAAUCACUUAAAUUGACUUUCAGUAGCUGAAUAGUGAAGGCACUACUUCAUACUUGUACGCAGUUCACAUGAGUGAAUGGAGUAGAAAAUGGCUGCACUCUUCCGCUCCGCUUUUUUCAGAGGUUAGGAAAGAUGACAAUAUAAACUUGGAUUGCUAAGGAAUCUAUGGAAAAAAAAUUGAAGGAAAGAGUUGCUUGUUGUUGCAACAUAAGAUCUGGGAAGUGAGCUUUGAUGCUGAUUUAUUAUUAUCUUGCACAUCAUAAUAUUUCUGGGCUAUCAUACUAUUUGUACUCUGUCACAAUAGUACUAUAUACUGAUGAUUUUUUUUUUCAUUCUUUCAAUAUAUUUUGCCACUUGUUUCUU